GGCGUUGCGCUGCGCUGCGCACCGCUCGCCGGCGGCAUGGAGUGAGCGAGCCGCGGGCUCCGGCGCGGCCCGGCCAUGGAGCUGCGGCGCUCCCUGUCCGCCAGCGCGGAGGCGGAGAAGCCGAUGAGGCGCUACGGGGCGGUGGAGGAGACGGCGUGGCCGGCGGAGCGGCUGGGCAGAAAUCAACUUGACAUCAUUUCAAUGGCUGAAACAACAAUGAUGCCUGAGGAAAUUGAGCUAGAGAUGGCAAAGAUCCAGAGACUUCGGGAAGUCUUAGUCAGACGAGAAUCAGAACUCAGGUUUAUGAUGGAUGACAUCCAGCUGUGCAAAGACAUUAUGAACCUUAAGAAAGAGCUGCAGAGUUUGGUAGCAAUCCCAGAAAAAGAAAAAACAAAGAUGGAAAAACAAAGAGAGGAUGAACUGAUUCAGAAAAUCCAUACACUGGUACAAAAAAGGGAUUUUCUUGUAGAUGAUGCAGAGGUGGAAAGACUACGAGAGAAAGAAGAAGACAAGGAGAUGGCUGAAUUCCUACGAACCAAGUUAAAACCAAUAGACAAAGCAACACGAUCUCCCACCAGUACCCCAGCAGAGAAGAAGGCAGAACCUCCUCCAAGCAAGCCCACCAUUGCCAAGGCAGGAUUGGCUAUUAUUAAAGAUUGCUGUGGGGCCACACAGUGCAGCAUCAUGUAGCUCUGGGCUUUCUACCACAUGUCUUUUCAAAUGUUUUCAUUAAAUGAAACUGUAGAGUGAGGGAUUUUAACAGCAUCCUCAUAACUGAAAUAAGAGACUGUGAUACAGCAGUAAUACAUGGACUGUAUGACGACAGGUUCUUCACUGUUGCAUGGAUCACUCAAUGCGCAUGCCUAAAAAAAGAAACCUAUAUAGUGGCUAUCCAGUGACCAGAAAAGAUCUGUAAUAGAGAUCACAAAAAACACCCAGUGAAAAAGCAAGUGAGAAGAGGGCACAUUUCACCAAGUAAGAUAACACAGCAAUUUUAAAAGAUCAUCACUUUAAGAAUUUGUUAUAUACUUUUUCCUCUUGGCAAAAAGCACUUAGACACUUGCUGGAAUAUCCCAUUUUAGCUACUUUUGAAAAGCCACAAGUAGUGAUGCUGUAUAUAAUGCAACCAAUAGAUGAAGCAAAUUUAGAGUAACUGAUGUUGCAUACAAAAUAUUUAUCAAACUAGUGUGAUGUUCAACUACCUUGCCAUAGAGUUUCUCUUCCAGUCUUCCUAAAAAAUGAUUAUCAGUGACAAGGAUGCUGUAAGUGGAUAUAGCAUUUAUGUCCCAUAUGACUUCUGAAUUACCCAAUUCAAGUAAAUAUUGCUUGCACUAGGAAAAAAUAAGUCUGGUAAAGCUUUAGCAAACACAGCUACAGUAAUCUGCAAAUAUGUGAUGCACUCCAAAGCUACAUCAUAUAUUUUUCUUGUAUAUCUCCACCUCGCAUACACUCAGAGGUAAACACCCAGAAAAUGUUGUCAGCUAUGAAAAACAAUACUUAGGUUUUGUGUGAGACUAUCACUGGUAGGUUGCUGGAAGAAAGGAAGAAAACAUGGACAGAGAAACAACAGUUAAAUUAUAGUGCUCAGAACAACUAUCAAUCACAUAUUUAAUGACCAUGAAAAAUAUAAGCUAUCUAGCAUAGGAAGACACUAGCCACCCAAACUGACCACAAGACAAGAAGAGUAAGUAUGAAAGCAGACAUCUGUGGUAGGAAAAAGGUCACCAUCUACACAAAGCAGGUUUAAAACUAAGGGAAACAGUGACCCGUGUUUCACCAUUUAAUGCAUUUCUGGUCUCUGUGCAGGUUAAGUCUUGUCAAAUCCAGUAUCUUUAUAUUAGCUGUCAGUAGGUGGUAUGUCUGUGUGAUGGUAUUCCAUAUUAAUGUGUUGUGAUGGGUGUAAAGAGUAAAUAAAUGAACAUGAUCUAAUGUGAAAACAAUCUCAGGCUUAGAAAUAAACAGCAAAAAGUUCCUAAGAAGUUCUCCAAGAGGAACUUUCAUUUUCUGAAGGCAGCUAAGUGAAACAUGCACUUAUAUACAAAGACACCACAGUUAUUGGGGGGGGUAGAGAGGGGAUAUCAAUAUAAACACCAGAGUUAUCCUAAAGGAUAAACAGUAAUAAUUUUUUAAAGAGUAGCUUGUUAGGGUUCAAGGAGAUAGACAUCUCAAGUAAAUUAGUGUAUUCUUGUAUGAAAUACAAAUCCAUACCACUGGACUGUUCCAGCAAAGAGCAUUUUCACCUCCAAAAUUAUUUGUUUCAGUAUUGCACACACACUUGAGAAAGGACCUGUCACUGCAAUUUCCCUAGGGCUCCAAGAUCAAGGAGGAGAAAAUAUGAAGCUUUUCACCAAGACAUGAAGCACUUCGAAUACUUUGACCAAAGACGCAGGAAAAAGGACAAAGUAUUUAUCCAAAGGCUGGACUGCCAUACACAGCUAUUGCUGAGAUAGAACUUCACUUUUAGUUCUGCAGCUGUUACUGGCUUCUGGGUAAUUCAACAGCCUCUUGAAUUUGCUAGUAUCCAGUUAAGACAGAAAGAAUUACUCCUAUCUUAAGACAGGUGUCUUUAACAAAGGCAAAGUGAAACAGCAGUUAGGGAAAAAAAAAAAAAAAAAAAAAAAAAAAACUGUUGUGAAACACUGAACUUAAGCCUCGGGAGGAUCAGCUAUUAUGACCUAGUAAUACGAGUGCCUGCAAAUAAGGAAAUGUCUAAAGUCUCUUGGAGAGAAAAGAGAAGUCAGUGGAGUUUCACCAGUAAAAUGCAGGCUGAGAUUAAAAGUUUCACUACGACAGAGAUAGACAUUUCUGGGAUUCAGCACUCAUGAGUAGGCUACAGAGUCCCCUUCCUUAAUUAAAAUGGAAAAGAAAAGGUACAGCAAGUAUGAAUUUGUAACAUUUAUAUACAGGUAGCACGGGCAGCCAGUGCCCCAAAGGGAAGUCACCAACAGCAAUAUUAAAAGCGAUCUCUGUUUUCAGAACCUCUAGCCUGGCUGAGCUGAAAGGGGUUUUUGUCUUUUGUUGUUAAUUAGCAAACUCUUCAAGUCUGAUUUAUUUGGGCAGGUUCAAGCAACUUGCCCAAGAGGAACAAGUGAUACUGCUUAGCCGUAAAGCUUGGGAUUUGUUAGACUGAGGUCAGAUUCUCAGCUGUAUUCAGUGCUGGCUUAACUUCAUCCAUCCAGAACACAGCAGGGCCCAAAACAGUAGCUGUAAUUAAGGAAAUGAAAUUUAAGAAGUCAAGUGUGUGGAAGACUUAGGCCUUUUCUUUGAAAGCCCAACUUAAAAUACUGAGUAUUCCCAAAUUCAAACAGGGAGUUUAAAUUCCCUGAUCCUGUGAACAUCAGUAAGCAGUCUGAAGGCUGAAACCCUACCAAGAGGGCACAACAUACAACACCCGUUUGAGAAGAUGGUAAAGUCAACAGAAAAAUCUCCGACAAAUAUUUAGGUGGCUACAUUGAACAACUGGCAUCAUCUCAGCAGACCUGAUUUUCAGAUGCCUGUUACUGCCUGCAAACAAGGAUACUGGUCAACAGAAGCACCUAAAAUUGCCUCUGGAAAUCCUGGCUUUAACUGCUGUCUGACUCAAGCCAGAAGGCAAGGCAGCAGAAAAAGAAGGAAUUUGAAGGUGGAUUUGACAAAUUGUUUUCUCUAUGGAGUGGUUGGGUCAGGUACAUGUGGCUAUAUUCCGUCAACAAUCUUGGUCUCCGGAGAAAAAGCAGAAGAGCUGAGCUGCUAUUUGUACUGAUCGCUCUCAUUCUACCAGCAAAUAGCUCUAAUUGUACCUUCCUCUAAGCCUACCAAAUCUCUUCAGCAAAGUCCAACAUAUUUCUAAAUAAACUAAGCUGCUAUAUUAUACUAAG